UCACAGAUAUAUAUUUUUUGUCACAGUAUCAAUCAUUGUGCGUCCAUCUUUCCUUUGGGCCCUAAAUGCAGCAUAGGUCAGGAUGAGUUCAGGCACCACGCUGUCUUCACAAAACACCAACAGAAAUAAUUAUGGCUACAAAUAAAGUGGUUAUUGAAGCCCAAAAGCUGGACUCCUGCAGGACUGCAGGAAGAGAUGGUGACCCCUCUGUUCAGGUCAAGGUAUUACAGGUUCCAGCCAAAUGUGGACCAUUUACUGUUGUACCACCUCCACCCACUGCUGCAGGUGACUCUACCUUUGCUCCACCUAAAGUCAUCCCUGCUGGUCACGGCCACCAACCUACCCCCUCUCCAGUUUCGGCCCAAGGGGGUCAGACGUCCUCUUCUUCUGUCAUGGUGCUAGCAAAGGGGGCCACACCAGGACGAGUAAGUGCCAACAACCAACCACAGGUUACAAAAGUAGCUUUAAGCCAAGUGGCCUCCAUGAACCAGGCCCCAACUCCAGGAAGGACGGUAGUGAUAACUGUACCGAGGGCAGCAGGUCCGCAGCCGGUCACUGUGACCCCUCGGCUGCCACAGACUGCCUCCCCACAUCUCCCAGCCAAUAUCCAGAUACCACCAGGUAUGAUGUUGAUCCGCAGUGACAGUGGUCAGCUGAUGCUGGUCUCCCAGCAGGCACUGGCUCAGGCUCAGCAAGGGCAGAGAGGUGUCAGUGGUACGCCUCGAAUACUGGUCUCACAGGUCCAAACUGCAUCAGCUGGGAAUAAAAGUAAUGAGAAGGUGACAACCAUCAGGAUGACAGCCCCUCCCAGUUUCCAACCAGCAUCAGUCCAGCAGACAGCUGUGGUAAAGGUGAUUGGUGCAGCUCCUAAACCAGCUGUAACCCAGAACCUCGUUGUGUCUGAACGGGGGAACCCUCCUCGCAAUCAGGCUGUUGUUAUGGAAACCAAAAAGGAGCCACAAACCACAGUUAGCCAGGCGGCCCUGGAUAGUGUGAAGAAGUGCAAGAACUUCCUGGUGACUCUGAUCAAGCUGGCCUCCAGUGACUCCAGAUCUGCCAACAUGGCUAACAAUGUCCGAGGACUGGUCCGGAGUCUGCUGGAAGGGAAACUAGAAGCAGAGGAGUUUACAGAACAGCUUUACAGUGAGUUGAAGUCGACUCCGCAGCCCUGCCUGGUGCCUUUCCUCAAGAAAAGUCUCCCUGCAGUGCGUCGCCUCACUGCAGACCCCCAGUUAUUUAUCCAACAGGCUGCAACUUCGACCCGCACAUUCAAAACACCGUCUACCUCUGUGAAGCCCUACAGCACAGACACGGGACAGAACCUCAGUACCGGCCAGCAGGUUAACCAGCAGCCUCGAGGAGUGACUGUGAGACCCGGGGUGACUUUAGCCCAGUCCAAAAAUUACAUCUUUAAGAGUAGCACUCCGAAACACAUCGUGGUGCAGUCAGAAAAACACUUCACAGGAAUGUUUUCAAUGAAGCAGCCCUUCACUCAGGAUCCAACUCGUUCUACCAAAUUAGCAUUCAAGGACAGUUCAGGAUCCUACAGAGAAGACGAUGACAUUAAUGAUGUAGCCUCCAUGGCUGGAGUCAACCUGAGAGAGGAGAGUGCCCAGAUCCUGACCUCUGUGGUUGGCUCUGUGGUGCAGUCGUGCCAGGACCAGCCCUUCCUCUCCACCAGCCCCAUGCUCAGCCGAAUCCUUCGUACAGGCCAGGCACUGGGAGUGACGGAUAUCGGUCCUGAGGUGGUAGCUCUGGUUUCUCACGCCACACAGGAGUUUCUCCGCGGGCUGCUGCAGAAGCUCACUGUGAUGGCAGGACACCGCAGGCCGGUCCUGAAGGAGGACCUGUGGCAUGCCAAAGUGACUGAUGUUCGCUCCCAGCUUCGCUUUCUGGAGGAAGUCGAGAGCUUGAAGAAGAAGAGGAAAGAUGAAGAGGAGAGAGAGCGACUCCUCCGUUUGACCAGAAGUCGCUCUCAUGCUGAGGAUCCACAGCAUCAGCAGCUAAAGCAAAGAGCCAAAGAGUUACAACAGUUAGAAUUGGCUCAGCUGCAGCAGAGAGAGGCCAACCUCACCGCUCUGGCUGCCAUCGGACCUCGCAAGAAGAGACCGCUGGAACAGAUGGAGAGCCAGGUGACUCUGCUGCCCAGACAUGCUGUCCCCAGAGUGACCCGGGUGAUGCUGAGGGAUCUGCUGUUGUGUUUGGAGCAGGACCACUUCCUCUGCCACUCUCUCACUCUGUACAAAGCUAUGCUCUGAUGACCUUCACUCACUUCCACUACUGUUAAGUAUUGAAUCAGCCUGAUAAUAAUAUGCAUGCUGAUUUUUUGUUUUUGUUUGAUCCUCAGAUGUUUUUGCACUUUGUUUCAGUUCUAUCACAGUUUAUUAUGUUUUCAAAGAAUCUAGUGCUGGUUCAGUGAUGCUGGUAUUUAAAACACUACCUGUUAAUGGGAUUAAAAAACAAUAAAAGAUAAGAGGAUCUAAGAAGCA